CUACUUUCUCACACACUAUAAACCCAUCUCAAUUGUUAGAAUCUCCCAAAUCCUUAACAUUCUUUCAACACCAACAAUGGCGAAAAACGUUUCGAUUUUUGGUUUAUUGUUUUCUCUUCUUGCGUUGGUUCCUUCUCAGAUCUUCGCUGAGGAAUCAUCAACUGACGCUAAGGAAUUUGUUCUUACAUUGGAUAACACUAAUUUCCAUGAUACUGUUAAGAAGCACGAUUUCAUCGUCGUUGAAUUCUACGCACCUUGGUGUGGACACUGUAAGAAGCUAGCCCCAGAGUAUGAGAAGGCUGCUUCUAUCUUGAGCACUCACGAGCCACCAGUUGUUUUGGCUAAAGUUGAUGCCAAUGAGGAGCACAACAAAGACCUCGCAUCGGAAAAUGAUGUUAAGGGAUUCCCAACCAUUAAGAUUUUUAGGAAUGGUGGAAAGAACAUUCAAGAAUACAAAGGUCCCCGUGAAGCUGAUGGUAUCGUUGAGUAUUUGAAGAAGCAAAGUGGCCCUGCAUCAACAGAAAUUAAAUCUGCUGAUGAUGCUACUGCUUUUGUUGGUGACAACAAAGUUGUUAUUGUCGGAGUUUUCCCUAAAUUUUCUGGAGAGGAGUACGAUAACUUCAUUGCAUUAGCAGAGAAGUUGCGUUCUGACUAUGACUUUGGUCACACUUUGAAUGCCAAACACCUUCCAAAGGGAGACUCAUCAGUGUCUGGGCCUGUGGUUAGGUUGUUUAAGCCAUUUGACGAGCUCUCUGUGGACUCAAAGGAUUUCAAUGUUGAAGCUCUAGAGAAAUUCAUUGAAGAAUCCAGUAUCCCAAUUGUGACUGUCUUCAACAAUGAACCUAGCAAUCACCCUUUUGUUGUCAAAUUCUUUAACACUCCCAACGCAAAGGCUAUGUUGUUCAUCAACUUUACUGCCGAAGGAGCUGAAUCUUUCAAAUCAAAAUACCAUGAAAUUGCUGAGCAAUACAAACAACAGGGAGUUAGCUUUCUUGUUGGAGAUGUUGAGUCUAGCCAAGGUGCCUUCCAGUAUUUUGGACUGAAGGAAGACCAAGUACCUCUAAUUAUUAUUCAGCAUAAUGAUGGCAAGAAAUUUUUCAAACCCAAUUUGGAACUUGAUCAACUCCCAACUUGGUUGAAGGCAUACAAGGAUGGUAAGGUUGAGCCAUUUGUCAAGUCUGAACCUAUUCCUGAAACUAACAACGAGCCUGUUAAAGUAGUGGUUGGGCAAACUCUUGAGGACAUAGUUUUCAAGUCUGGGAAGAAUGUUUUGAUUGAGUUUUAUGCUCCAUGGUGUGGUCACUGCAAACAGUUGGCUCCAAUCUUGGAUGAAGUAGCUGUCUCAUUCCAAAGUGAUGCUGAUGUUGUUAUUGCAAAACUGGAUGCAACUGCCAAUGAUAUCCCAACCGACACCUUUGAAGUCCAAGGAUAUCCAACCUUGUACUUCAGGUCAGCAAGUGGAAAACUAUCACAAUAUGACGGCGGUAGGACAAAGGAAGACAUCAUUGAAUUCAUUGAAAAGAACAAGGAUAAAACUGGUGCUGCUCAUCAAGAAGUAGAACAACCAAAAGCUGCUGCUGCUCAGCCAGAAGCAGAACAAGCAAAAGAUGAGCUUUGAAAAGUUCCGCUUGGAAGAUAUAGGCACACAGUCAUCUGCGGGCUUUACAACUCUUUUGUAUCUCAGAAUCAGAAGUUAGGAAAUCUUAGUGCCAAUCUAUCUAUUUUUGCUUUUCAUUUUGUCUUUUUGGUUUACUCUAAUGUAUUACUGAAUAAUGUGAGUUUUGGCGGAGUUUAGUACUGGAACUUUUGUUUCCGUAAAAUUCUAUCCGAGUUAAAAUUAGUUUAUGUUUUUAGUUUUAGAA